AUUUCUCCUGUUCUUCCUCUCCUCUCUGCACCUGUCUUCCCACCACUCUUUCCUCUUCUUUCCCCUCUCCUCAUUCUGCUUGCAGACCCCCCUUCCUCUACAAUCUUUUUUUCAGUCAUCAGCACUGAUCGCGCACUCCUUCACUUUUCACUCUCCAUCCCUCCCCCUACCCUUCUUUUGGUCCUUCUUUUUCUCGUGGUGGAUGGAGUGAAAGGGAUUCUUUUAACAACUCCACUCUCUUGUUCUUCCUCAAUCACGUCCCAUGGGCAUCCGUGCAUCUUGCAGACCAGAGCCUCACAGUCGUGGAGGCGGUUCUCAGCCGGGCCAGGCAGACUCUCCCCUCCCAGAGCAGGACGAGGAGAUCCUGGGCUCUGAUGACGAUGAGCAGGAGGACCCCAACGACUACUGCAGGGGUGGAUAUCACCAUGUGAAGAUUGGAGAUCUGUUCAACGGGAGAUACCAUGUGAUCCGUAAGCUGGGUUGGGGGCAUUUCUCCACUGUGUGGCUGGCCUGGGACAUCCAGGAGAAGCGGUUUGUGGCCAUGAAGGUUGUAAAAAGUGCUGAACAUUACACAGAGACAGCUUUGGAUGAGAUCAAGCUGCUCAAAUCUGUGAGAAACACAGAUCCUAGUGACCCCUGCAGAGAGAAAGUCGUGCAGCUUCUAGACGACUUCAAAAUAUCUGGCAUAAAUGGCACUCAUGUGUGCAUGGUAUUUGAGGUGCUGGGUUAUCACCUUCUGAAGUGGAUCAUCAAGUCGAAUUACCAAGGCCUGCCCUUGCCCUGUGUUAAAAGCAUCAUACGACAGGUUCUGCAGGGUUUAGACUACCUUCACACCAAGUGUAAGAUCAUCCACACGGACAUCAAACCGGAGAACAUUCUGCUGACCGUCAACGAGCCCUACAUCAAGAAAAUGGCUGCUGAAGCUACACAGUGGCAGAAGACUGGAGCUGCACCUCCCUCGGGUUCUGCAGUGAGUACAGCCCCAGUACCCAAACCAAUGGCCAAAAUGUCAAAGAACAAAAAGAAGAAGAUGAAGAAAAAGCAGAAGAAGCAGGCAGAGAUGCUGGAGAAGAGGAUCCAGGAGAUGGAGGGAGGAGGAGCUGAAGGAGAAGAAGAGGAGGAGGAGGAUGAGGAGACAACAACAGAGACCACCGAAGAUACAACUUCCACAGCCACCCUUUCUAUGUCUGCCACGCUGCAAGACAUUGCUAACCAUACUAUCACAGACUCGACUCCUGAUGAGCAACCCCAGCAGAUACCAGAGGUAAAUGAGCGGAGAGAGAAUGCGGCCGAGGAGGAGAAUGGGAUGGAGGUAAACUGCAACGGCCACGCUUCCACACCGGAGAGGGAGACCCAUCUCGAGGCACAAGGGACCAAGCAGACAACAGAGGAGCAAGAGGACCGACAGAACGCAAACCAGCCAGAGAGUAACACUGAAACCCAGGGCUCAUUAAGUAACAAAGAAGAGCAACAGACCUGUAACGGUUCACUCGGGGACACGGCCCUGCUGCCGCUCCCAGCCUCUCUCAACCCAGACUCUGUCACGGUGGAGCUGAAGGAGGGAGAUGACGAGGAGGAGGAGAAGAAGAAGAAGGAUAAGAUGGACACUCAGGGGGAGACCAAAAGAGGGGAUGAAGAAGUAGACGGCCAGGAUGGAGCGUCAGGCAAUAUGUUAGUAAACCCCUUGGACCCUCUUAACGCUGACAAGCUGCAGGUUAAAAUUGCUGACCUUGGCAACGCCUGCUGGGUGAACAAACAUUUCACAGACGACAUCCAAACGCGGCAGUAUCGUUCUCUGGAGGUGCUGACGGGAGCCGGCUACAGUACACCAGCAGACAUCUGGAGCACAGCCUGCAUGGCCUUCGAGCUCGCUACUGGAGAUUAUCUGUUUGAACCCCACUCUGGAGAAGACUACUCCAGAGAUGAAGAUCACAUAGCGCUGAUCAUUGAGCUGCUUGGUAAAGUUCCUCGGAAGCUGAUCUUGGCAGGCAAAUACUCCAAGGAGUUCUUCACCAAGAAAGGUGACCUGCGUCACAUCACCAGGCUGAAGCCGUGGGGUUUAUAUGACGUGUUGGUAGAAAAGUACGAGUGGUCCAAAGACGAGGCACAAACCUUCAGCACGUUCCUGCUGCCCAUGCUUGACCUUGUGACUGAAAGGAGGGCCACCGCGGCCCAGUGCCUCUCCCAUCCAUGGCUCACAUCCUAGAUGCCGGCAUGCACACCGCCACCCUCAUAUUGUCAAAGAAUACAUUAGGUUUGAAGUUCCUGGGCUUGAAAACAAAGUAAACUAACAUAUUAAUGUCUGCAAGACCCUGUGACUGCAUUGUGCUGGCAUCCUCCUGUCAUGGCUCAGAGGCUUCCCACACACACUUUCAUGAGUACAAUAAAAAGAGACUGCUACUGAGUCUUUGACCUGUUUUGGAUUACAUUGUGGGGAUAGAGUGAACUUGUGGUCUUCUUCCUAUAUGUAUAGCUCUUUUUUAAUGGCUGUAUAGGACUGAUUGACUUUGCUCUCAUUUCUUUUCCCGACUCGAGUUCUUUCUCUGCAGCUCAUCAUUUUCUGUAUUUUUAGUGAUAGAUAACGGACUGGAAAAGAAGGUUGCACUUACAAAUGCAGAAGGUAGUUAGGAUGUAAA